CAUUCACACCUGAUCCCAUGCUGCCCGCACAUAAGUCAGACCUCAGGUCUGUGUCAGGUCACCAUGAGCAAGAUUGAGCCUGAUAGCAUCUUUCAGAGCAAGGAGACCUCAGAUGAUGCUUCCCUUGAUGAGUGUUUUCAUAAUAGUACUAAUCAUGGAGAAAAAGAGGAUGGUGCUUUGGGAGAUGAGCUUGGUCUCCAGGGGCCUUCUGAACCAAAGAACUUGAAGGAGAGUGGGGAGAGUGGCGCGUCCAAAAAGUCGGUCACCAAGCAAGAGUCGGGCAAGAAGAACAGGAAGAGGGGACGACGAGUGGACAGUGAGCAAGAUGCAGAGAAGACCAAAAAAAAGAAGAAGCAGACCCUGCGACCCAAUUACUUUGUCUCCAUCCCGAUCACCAACACACAGAUCAGUUCAGCGGUGACAGAGGUCCAAGAGGCGGUUCUGGAACGGGAGCCUCGCUUGGCCAAAGCCAUGAUCCCAGUCCCGACGCUCCACAUCACGCUCCUCGUCACCCAUCUGGCCGACCAAGAGCAAGUGGACCUGGCGGCGGCAGCGCUGGCCCAGGUGGAGUCGUCAUUGGCCGAGCUGCUGGACGGGGCGGAGCUGGUGCUGCCCUUCACGGGCGUCGCUCACUUCAGAAACGACGUGGUGUUUGUCGCCCUCGGCCCGGGACCGCACAGACGCGUGCUGCGCAACCUGGCAGAGUUCCUGCGCGGCUGUUUCAAGGAGCGAGGCCUUCUGGAAGGCGACACUCAAGGCUUCGAACCUCACCUCACCAUUAUGAAGCUGUCCAGAGCUCCAAAGCUCAGAUCGCAGGGUAUCAAGCGUGUGGACCCUUCUCUCUACUCCAACUACAACGACAGGUUUUUCGGCGACCAGACACUGGAGCGUCUGGAUCUUUGCUCCAUGCUGAAAAGGAAGCAGCAGGACGGCUACUACCACACGGAGACGUCGCUGCAACUAGAUUUGACUCCGCGUCCCCUCCAUCGCAAACGCUCAAGUAGUCGUCGCCGGUCUGAACCCGACGAGGCGGAGCUUCUGCGGAUCAGCAAGCGAUUGGUGGAAGAUGCCGUCAGUCGCGCCGUGCAGCAAUACAAAAAGGAAACCUUUCAGAACGGGGGCGCGCCCAACGCAGGGCAGCCGCCCGGAAACGCAGACGCAACCGCGGAGACGAAGACCACGGAUGCGAAUGCCGCCACAGACACCAGGAAGUGACGUGAUCGGACCCGUAGCUAACCGGAAGCGCUCUGAGGGAGGACGCUAAUCGCCAAAAUGUCCGGUCUGCUUUGCCGUAAAGCGGCUAAAUUUACCGGCGAGCCUGGCGGGAAAUUGGCUAAUCUCGAAGACUAGCUAGCCGAUCGUGCUAGCUAGCUGGCCCGCUCACUUCGCCAAGCUUGACUCGGGUUGCUCGCUGUUGUCUGUGCGCUCCACAACGCGAGGUUCCCUUGCAUUGGCUAAUUGCUAAUGUGCUAGUGUGCUACUUUUGAGUUGGAUCAGCAUUGUUGAGCGCCGACUCAUCGAAACUGACCACUUGAUCAGAUUUAAAAGCACAACGUCUUUUGGAUUUGUUCCGUUCUAAUUUGGAUGUCUGCCGGCGAGCUAGAGCAUUAGACGUGUUCCGCUGGUGUCCUGCGGAGGCAGUAGUGAGACAAUCACACAAAUCAAUCCACACUAUAAAACAAAAAUGUCAGAAAACACUAAUCAUGCUCGCAUAGACGCGAAAGUUCUGCAACACUACUACAGUUUGCAUUGUUUUAAUGCUUGUUCAUUUUUAGUUUAUUUUGUUUUUAGCUAAUGAAACAGUGAACCCGUAUUUUAAACACAUUUGAAUUUUAGGGGGCUGUAAAACCGUAUGAAAAAAAAAAAGCUUAAAAAUCAACCAUGAAUGGCGACCUAGCCGAGGAUCACUAUAUGAUCUCCAAGCUUAUUUCUAAAUAUGAUUUCAGAUCAUAAGAUUUGUUAACUGAAAAACCAUCGCCCUCUAGUGGCCCGGAGACCAAGGAUGGACGUCAAACGAUGGUGAACGCUAAACUGGACAUGUGGGGGAAUGAAAUGAAGUUAUGAAAGAAUGAUGCUAACCAUACGUCCAACUUUGGAUUGGUGAGAUGAAAAUUCUGAGAAGUUGAAAUACUGCGGAAAAAAAUUGUAAUUUGAAGGGGGAAAAUAAGUAAUGUGAUUUUUUUUGUGGGGGGAAGGGGAAAAAAUUCUAUUUUUUCUUAAAGAACACGAACAUUUGUAAUUCGAGAAUAUGUAGCAUUACAACUUUUUCUGGCAUUCCAACUUUUUUCACGCAGUAUUUCAAUUUGAUGUUCUGUAUUGUAACAUAUUUUAACAUCGUUUUUUUUUUUUCUCCUUCGUAAAAUUCACACAGAGCUUCCACUUAGAUUUCUUCCAGAAAUAUUUCUUUGUAAUUUUUUUUUCCUCUAACAGGAUCAUUUGCCCAAAAGCAUUUGUCUUUUUUUUUUUUUUUUGGAGAACCCAACAAAACCUCAUGAAGAGCCGAAAUUACGACAUUGCUCGUCGUGGUAAUUUGACUUCCGAGUGCUGCAACUUUCAAGUUUUGCAAGUUGUGUCAUUGUGAGCGCACUUCAGAAGAAAGAAGUGGACAAAUCCGAAUUACUCGUAAGUCCACUGUAGUUUAAACAUUGAACAUCUGGAUGUGCUGGAUGACCAUUUUAUUUAUUUACUACUUUUUUUUUUGGUUUGUUUUGUUUUUUGAAAAAAUGAUCGCAACUUGACGAUUUUUUGGGGGCCCGACCAAUAUGGAUUUUUUUUUUUUUAAACCGAGAAUAAAAUAAUUGGCUGAUUACGUAAAUAAGUAGUGAGGAAAAUAACUUGACAACAUAGAGAAAAAUUGGCAAAGUUUUUUUUUUUUUUUUUUAAGGGAGAGCAUGUUCGAAUGUCAUUUUUGUUAAUGUGUGCUUAAAAAAAAGUCGUCAAAAUGUAAGACAAUUUUAAUGGGUCGGGCCCUAAUUUUUUAUGUGGGUUUUGAAGAUCACAAAUGCUGGUUUACUGUUAAAAGUGGCCUUCAGCGCUCUUUUUUUUUUUUUUUUUUUUUUUUUAGAUUCCCUGCUCGUGCUUUCCGCCCCGCUAGCAUCAAAGCUUCACUCGUGCUCAACUUGACACAAUUCCGCCUUUGUCUCAUUCUGCUCUGAUGCUGCCGCGAUUAAAAUGAACACCUUUUCACUGAACGUCGUUUCGUCGUCGUCACCGGAUCCUUAAAGCGCCGUCAAAUCCCCUUUAAGAACACUCCUUGUCCUCUUGGCCCAUAUUCUUUCAAUUCUCUGAUGAGUGUGUGUAUGUGUGAUACAAUUAUUUGAUCAGUGCGUCCCCAGAUACCUUGUCUUGUUCCAUUAUUACAACAAGGCGGUGUGUGUGUGUGUGUGUGUGUGUGUGUGCGCGCGCGCGUGUGUUUUGUUGUGUCACACGUGAAGAAUAAAACAGGAUAUGAAUUUCCAACCAAUAUCCUUGUCUGACUGCUGACUUCGGCGCGCACGCAACGGGU